GGCAGUCACUCCGGAGUAUAAAAGCCCAGCUGCGAAGCGGGGGCGUGACUGCGCAUUUGUGGAAGUGACUUUACUUCGGUCGGCUGCACCUCGACUCCUCAUGGCUUCCAACGAGAGUCCCGAUGUCGUGUCCCAAUCCAUCGCCCAAUCGACUACCGGCCCAGCGGCGGACGAAGCCGAACAGAAAGUAAAUGAGAAUGUAGCUGAUAGGGUAGCCAGCCUGCCGCUGGUCAGUUCCGCCUACGACAUGGUCUCGGCCGCAUACACCUCUACAAAAGAGAGCCACCCCUACAUGAAGUCCGUCUGUGACAUGGCAGAGAAGGGAGUGAAGACUAUUGCUUCGGUGGCGGUCAGCGGUGCCCAGCCCAUCCUCACCAAACUGGAGCCACAGAUUUCUACAGCCAACGAGUACGCUUUGAAAGGUUUGGGCAAGCUGGAAGAGAAACUGCCAAUUCUCCAACAGCCGACUGAUAAGAUCAUUUCAGACACAAAAGAUAUGGUGACCGGCGCUAAGGACGCGGUGAGUUCCACCGUCAGCGGCAUGGUGGACAAAACCAAGGAAGUCGUCCAGGGCGGCGUGGAGAUGACCCGCUCGGCUGUCCAGGGCGGCAUGGACAUGACCCGCUCAGCUGUCCAGGGCGGCAUGGACAUGACCCGCUCGGCUGUCCAAAGUGGGGUGGAGAUGACCCGCUCGGCGGUUUCCAGCAGCGUCAACACCGUGAUGGAGUCUUCGGUGGGACAGAUGGUCUCCAGCAAUUUGGAAGCGGCUCUUGGAAAAUCUGAACAGCUGGUGGACCAUUAUCUUCCCAUGACCGAUGAAGAACUGGCCAAGCUGGCUACCGCCGUGGAGGGCUUCGAAAUUGGCACGGUAGAGAAGCAGAAGGAGCAGAAAAGCUACUUUGUGCGCCUGGGAUCCUUAUCCAGCAAACUCCGCCACCGGGCCUUCCAACACUCCCUGGUCAAGCUGAAAAGAGCCAAGCAGGGCACUCAAGAUUCCUUGUCCCAACUGCACCAGACUAUUGAGCUGAUUGAGCAUGUCAAGCAGGGGGUUGAUCAGAAGAUCCAAAGUGGCCAGGAAAAGCUCCACCAGAUGUGGCUGCAGUGGCAGCAGAAACAGGCUCCUGAGGUGGCCCAGAAGGAGGCCCCCAAGCCACAGGAGAUCGAAACUCAAGCUCUCGAAGUGACUCGCGGCCUCACCCAACAGUUGCAGUCGGCUACCACAACGCUUGUCUCCAACCUCCAAGGUCUACCGGCCGGACUUCAAGAGAAAGUGGGUCUCGUCCGCCAGAACGUCGACGAGCUCCGUAACGCCUUCAUGACCGCUGGGUCUUUCCAGGAUCUGUCGGGAUCCAUCCUAGCUCAGAGUCGGGAAAAAGUCGCCAAGGCCCGUCAGUUGACGGAUGAGCUGAUGGAUCACGUGGUCCAAAAUGCCCCUCUUACUUGGCUUGUAGGGCCUUUCACGGCCUCGGGCAAACCGGAGGGGGAAGAAAUAGAAAUGAAAUAGCCUUUCAAGGGUGUGAGCAGUUCAGGAUAUUGUUAAAAGUGUUAAGGGGUUUAUUUUGGGAGCAAAGAGAAGAAUUAAGCUUGGCUGCAAAUAGUUUAAAUAAAUAUAGAAUUCUUGGUGCAAAAGAUCACUGGACCAUGCAAAGCCAAGAGGGGUUUUUUUUGGGGGGGGGAUGGUCUGGGUGCUUUUGUUGUUCUAACACGAUCCAGUGAAAUUUUGGGCUGGUGGGCUUAUUUUGCCCAAUUUAACACACCUGGUUUAGUAAAUUGACAAUUGGAGAGGCGGUUUUUUUUUCUCACUCCAUCUAAAAGCAAGUUUGUUUAUUUUUUUUUUACUUUGCAGGAUUAGGAGAAGAGAAUCCAUUUUUAAAUGGAUAUGGCCAAAAUUAAGAAGCGGUUAUCUGUAUUUUUCAUCUGCACCCUUCCCCUCCCCCCUCCCAAUCGCAGGGAGAUUUUUCUUGCCAUCUGGGAGACAAAGAAUUAUUCAGUAUGGUGCAAAACGCAUCAAAACAACGGGGAGGUUUAACCAAUUCCACCCAACUCGUGCCUUUUUCUUCUGAAUGUUUCCUUCCCCGCAAUAAUUCUCUGGCUUAAUUGGUCUCCUUUCCACCCUGCUCUUUCUGCGGAGGGCACGGAUUCGGGGGUUUUGCAAAUAGCGACAGCACUGAGAAAACUGAAAAUGCCAGGAAUGUAAGCAGGAUGAAGGGAUGGAGACAAAGGUUAGGAAAUUAUCUGGGUUUUGAUUAUUAUUAUUAUUCCUGCAUUCUGGUCCUUUUUUUUUUCAGCCUUUCUUCCGGUGCCUGUAGACUGGAGGUGAGAGGAAGGAAAAUGAGAUUAAACAUCUUUGCAAAGUUUCUUCUGCAUUUGCAAGUGAAGUUAUCUAGGGCAGAGUUAGCAUCCUUGGGUUAAAGUUCUUGCCAUUAUUUUACACCAGGAGUCUCCAAAGUUGGCGACUUUUAAGACUUGUGGACUUCCAACUCCCAGAAUUCCCCAGCCAGCCAUGCUGGCUGGG